GCUGCGAGGUGGCAGCAGGGAACUGAAGUCAAGGGACAGAAACUAAAUUACUCCAAGCUGCAUACGUUUAAACCCUUUCAUACUUUACCUUGAAAUCCUUAUUUUUUUUUUUUGACAAUGACUAGUAGCCCGCUGACUGGGUUGCUGGUUGCGCUGUGCGUAAGCAGCGCGGUGCACGGGUUGCCAAAGAAGAGCAAAAGACAAUCUGGCCAGUAUCAGGUGUAUCCUGAACUCCGUGAUGCAUCGGCCGUUUCUCCAGUCGGCUGUGAGGAAAACGGUCGCUCAUACAGACUGAACGAGCAGUGGGAGAAACCCUACCUCGGGAGCACACUGUUGUGCACCUGCAAUGGAGAAGCAGGCAUCAAGUGUAAAACCAAACCUGCCGUGGAGGAGACCUGUUUUGAUAAGCACAAUGACCGGACGUACCGGGUCGGGGAAACCUACGAGAGACCAAAGGACGGGAUGAUGUGGGACUGCACCUGUAUCGGUUCAGGUCGAGGAAAGAUCAGCUGUACCAUUGCAAAUCGUUGCCAUGAAGGUGGCAGGUCUUAUAAAAUCGGAGACACCUGGCAGAGGCCUCACGACACUGCUGACUACAUGUUGGAGUGUGUGUGUCUCGGAAACGGCAAAGGAGAGUGGACCUGCAAACCUGUCGCCGAGCGGUGCUUUGACAACAGUGUUGCAUCAUCAUACAGUGGGGAGACGUGGGAGAAACCGUACCAGGGCUGGAUGAUGCUGGACUGCACCUGUCUGGGAGAAGGAAAUGGACUCACAUGCACCUCAAGGAAUCGUUGUAAUGACAAGGAAACCCGAAGGUCACAUCGUAUCGGAGACACAUGGACAAAGACAGACACAAGUGGACAGAUCCUGCAGUGUCAGUGCAUGGGGAACGGCCGUGGCGAGUGGAAGUGCGAGAGACACAAUGCAGGCCGAACUACAGGUACCUUGGUGGUGACCCCACAGACUCAGCUGCUGCCAGAAGGGACAUGCCGCACAGAAUCUGGAUCGACAUACAGCGAUGGACAGCGCUGGUUCAGAAGUCAGGGCAGCAAGCACAUGAUCUGUACCUGUCUGGGCAACGGAGUCAGCUGUCAGGAGUAUGAGGCCAGGAACCAGGCGUACGGUGGCAGCUCUAACGGCCAGCCCUGUACCUUCCCAUUCGUCUUCAUGGGAAAGACUUACUACUCUUGCACUUCAGAUGGACGCACAGACGGGCAACUCUGGUGCUCUACAACCUCAGACUACGAGGCAGACCAGCAGUACUCGUUCUGUACUGAGAAGAAUGUCAUUGUGGCAACAAGAGGUGGAAACUCCAACAACGCUCUCUGUCACUUCCCCUACCUCUACAGCGGACGCAACUAUACCGACUGCACAUCUGAUGGGCGCCGUGACGGAAUGAGGUGGUGCGGUACCAGCUAUGACUAUGACACCGAGCAGCGCUUUGGAUUCUGUCCCAUGGCUGCCCAUGAGGAGUUAUGUACUACCAACGAUGGAACGAUGUACCGUGUUGGCGACAAGUGGGACAAACGCCAUGAUGUCAUGGGUCACAUGAUGGAGUGCACAUGCCUGGGAAAUGAGGGGGAGUGGAGCUGUGUCGCUCACUCACAGCUGCGAGAUCAGUGUAUCGUUGAGGGCUACACCUAUGAGGUAAACCAGGAAUUCUCCAAGCGCCACAACGAGGGCUACAUGAUGAACUGCACCUGCUACGGACAGGGACGUGGACGCUGGAAGUGUGACGCUAUUGAUCAGUGUCAGGAGCCACAAACCAAGACGUUCUAUCAGAUCGGAGAGGUGUGGGACAAAGCCAUCCAUGGAGUCCACUAUCGCUGUUACUGCUACGGCAAUGGGAACGGAGAAAUGAGAUGUGAACCUCAGCAAACCUACCAAGACGGCCACAGACCCGUCCAGGUGAUCAUCACAGAGGCAGGAAAGCAGCCAGACUCCCACCCCAUUCAGUGGAACCCUCCCUCAUCUGUGCACAUUACCCAGUACAUCCUCAAAUGGAGAAUUAAAAAUACCCGUGGACCAUGGCAGGAGGUGACCAUCCCCGGCCAGCACAACUCCUACACCAUUGGCGGGCUCCGUCCAGGCAUCACUUACGAGGGUCAGCUGAUCAGCGUUCUGCGCUACGGAAACCGCGAGGUCACACGCUUCGAUUUCACCACCACCCAUGGUUCUUUGGAAACAUCGGAGGGAGAGACGACUGUGCCUCCUCCCGUGAUGGACACCUCUGAGUCUGUGACAGAAAUCACCUCAAACAGCUUCGUUGUGUCGUGGACUUCAGCCUCUGCUACCAUCUCCGGCUUCAGGGUGGAGUAUGAGCUCAGUGAGGACGGGGCUAAGCCACAAAUUCUGGAUAUUCCUCGCACGUCCAACUCUGUCACCAUCUCUGAACUCCUGCCAGGACGCAGAUACAACGUCAAUGUCUACGAGCUCCCAGUGUCGGGACAGCCAAACCUCAUUCUGACCACCUCCCAGACCACAGCCCCUGACAGUGUUGCUCAGCAUGUAGUCGAUGAGGUGGGAGAGUCCUCCAUCAGAAUCAGCUGGUCCAGACCUCAGGCUCCUAUCACUGGUUACCGUGUGGUGUACACGCCGUCACUGGAGGGCGGCAGCACUGAGCUGAUCUUGACGGACUCAGAGACCUCAGUGAACCUGGCCGACCUUCGCCCCGGAGUCCUUUACAACAUUAGCAUCUACGCCGUGAAGGAGGACCAGGAGAGCGAGCCUGUGUUCGUACAGGUUAACACUGCAGGAUCUCCUCGACCAGAGGAGGUCCCAGCACCCACAGACCUGCAGUUUUACGAGGUUUCAGAUGUGAAGAUCACCAUCACCUGGACCGGCCCACCCAGUGAGGUGACAGGUUACAGAGUGACCUACUCCCCUGUUGGUCCUGACGGCACUGAGACCAGACCUCUGCCACUACCCAUCUCGCGGAACGCUUACGCCGAUAUCACCCACCUGCACCCGGGAACCCUGUACCGCUUCUACAUCUAUGCCAUCAACGGUGGCGUGGAGAGCGAGCCGCUGGUGGGAGAAAGGUCAACCAAGCCUGAUUCACCCAGCAAUUUGCAUUACGACCUCGGCCCCGACAGUGUAACAGCUACUUGGGACGCUCCUCGUGCCGUCGUCACUGGCUACCGUCUCUUCCUGAGCACUGGGGGAUCCAACCCGAUCGAGAAGAGGAUUCCGGGCAAGGUCACCCAGUUCCCACUGAGGAAUUUACGCCCAGACACCCAGUACACCGCCACCCUCCACUCUGAGCUAGACAAUGAGCUCAGCGAGGGCAUCACUACAUACUUUGCCACAACCCCACGGAUGGGAAAUGCUCCUCCUUUCAGCACCGAGAUCACUGAUACCUCCAUCAUCAUUACCUGGAUACCUGUCCGCAGGUUCAGCUACAAGCUCUCUGUUCUACCAAGCCAGGAAGGCGAGUCUCCCAAAGAAACCUCUGACUCUGGACGUAUUUUUAUCCCUGAUCUGAUCCCUGGAACUCAGUACAUCUACAGCGUUCAGCCAAUCUUUAAUGGGCGCAACCAAGGACAACCCAUCACUCGCAACGCUUUCACCUCUCUUUCUCCUCCCACUGACCUCAGAGUCCAGUCCAGCCCGGACACAGGAGAGCUGACUGUCCAUUGGUUCGCCUCCACAACACCAGGCAUCACAGGCUACAGAGUGACAAGCACUCCAGUCAAUGGCCAGCGAGGAAACUCCCUGGACGAGCUGCUUCGAGCUGAUCAAACCUCAAUCACGCUGGACAGCCUGAACCCUGGAGCUGAGUACAACAUCAGUGUGUUCACUAACAAGGGCCAUUUGGAGAGUGCGCCUGUGUCUACUAUAGUCACACCAGUCAUUCCAGCUCCAACCAACCUGCAGUUUAACGGUGUGGGUCCUGACCACAUUAGGGUGACAUGGGCAGUCCCCCAUGUUGCCACACCUAGUGACAUCCGCUUUGUCAUCCGUUACCACCCUGCUGCAACCGAUGACGACAUCAGGGAGGUUAAUGUUGGCGGAGCAACGAACACCUUUGUGCUGCAGAACCUGCUGCCCAACACAGAGUACCGCAUCAGUGUUGUAUGUGUGUAUGGUGAACAAGAAAGUCAACCAGCCACAGGAACUCAGAGGACAACUCUGGACUCUCCUACUGGCCUGGACUUCUCGGACAUUCGCACCACCUCCUUCACCAUUCACUGGCUGGCUCCAACUGCUGCCAUUACCGGAUACCGUGUUCGCUACCAGGGGACGAGCGGUGGGAGGGCCAAGGAUGAGAGGCUUCCCCCUACUAGAACCUACUACACUCUGACCGGACUGACACCAGAGACUGAGUAUUUGAUUUAUGUGUAUGCUGUCAGCAACAGUCAGGAGAGUCAGCCGCUGACUGGAACACAGGCCACCAUCUCUGAUGCUCCCACUGACCUGGAAGUAACAUCAUCCACUCCUACCAGUAUCACCAUUCGCUGGGACGCACCCUCUGUCACAGUAAAGAACUACAAGAUCACCUAUGCAAGCACAGGUGGUGAGACUCAGGAUUUCACAAUCCCUGGCACUCAAACCACAGCCACCAUCACCGGUCUCAACCCGGGCACCGACUACAGCAUCGGAGUCAUCGCUGUAAGCGGAAGGGGGGACAGCCCGCCCUCCAACACCCCGGUCUACAUCAGACACACUACUGACACCGAGCCUCCCACUGACAUGAGAUUAACCGAAGUCACUGACAACGCCAUCACAGUGCGCUGGACUCCUGCUCAGGGACCAAUUACAGGCUACAGAGUAACCAGUGUCCCAAAAAAUGGCCUGGGACCCUCAUACUCUGAGGUGGUGGCCCCUGACCAGACAGAGAUUACCUUCACAGGUCUCAUGCCCACUGUUGAGUAUGUAGUCAGUGUCUACGCUCUGGCAAAUGAUGGACAGCCCUCUUCCCCUGUGGUGGAUAAUGCUAUCACUGCCAUGGACCGUCCCAAAGACCUGACCUUCUCUGACAUCGACUCCACCUCCAUGCGCAUCACAUGGGACAGUCCAGACGGCACAGUGACAUCAUAUCGCGUCUUGUACUCCAGCCCAGAGGAGGCGGAGAGAGAUCUGCGUCCAGCACCAAGAGGUGAUCAGGACAGUGUGCUGAUCAGAGGCCUUCGCCCCGGGACAGAAUACACCGUGAAAGUCAUCGCUCUCCAUGGCCGCACACCCAGCAAGCCGCUCGUGGGAACCCAGGCCACAGUAAUCCCUUCACCGACUAACCUGAUGAUCUCUGAGGUCGGCCCCUCCACCUUCACUGUGUCAUGGCAAGCCCCCAACGCAGGCCUGUCAGGAUACCGUGUGGUCGUCAUUCCCAAGACCGUCAACGGCCCGACUAAAGAGUUGAACGUUGCUCCGGACACCACACGUGUUGUCGUACCAGGACUCAUGGUGGCCACCGCGUACCAGGUGCAUGUCUAUGCUUUGAAGAACUCCGUCACCAGCAGACCGCUGACUGGAGAAAUGACCACACUGGAAGAUGUGAGUCCUCCUCGGCGUGUGCGUGUCUCGGAUGUAAAAGACUCCUCUUUCACACUGAGCUGGCGCUCCAAGUUGGAAACAAUCACUGGUUAUCUAAUAGAAGCUACACCAGUCAGUGGCUCUAACCCCACCCUCAGCAAGAAUAUCCCAGCAGAGACCAACACCUACACUCUCACAGGUCUGCAGCCAGGCACCAUAUACUCAAUUAGCCUGUACACCCUGAAUGGCGCCACAAGGAGCCCCCCAUUUACUCUCAUGAUUCAAACAGCUGAACCAGUGGUCCAGGCUCCCACCAGCCUCCAGUUCACAUCUUUGACCCCCACCUCCAUCACCUUCGCCUGGCGGCCACCUGCCGCACCUAUCACAGGAUACUACAUCACCUAUGAGGAGUCAGGAAGGGGGCCUCGAGAGCUGACCUCGAGACCCCACAGCGGCCAAACCUACGCCACCAUAUCUGGCCUGAAACCAGCCACAGAGUACAUCAUUAAGAUUGUUGCCAUCCAGAACACACAGAGGAGCACACCUCUGGUUGGAAAAGUCAGGACUAACCCAGACUCCCUGCUCCCCCUGCCUCUGCCCCACCCUGGAGGUGUAGACGACAAGCUGGAUGUGCCUGAAACUGACAAUACAGUCCAGGUAGUGGGCAACAAUGGCCAGGAUGGGCAUAGUGGUCAGAGCCAGAAUGUGGAGUACACAGAGUACAACAACAAUGGAGACAACAACAACAACAGAUAUAAUGGGAACAGUGGCAACCCACAGUAUCCCUAUGGGCAAGUACGUGAGCCCCUAGUCUUUGUGCCCCUUCCUGAUGCAGAGGGCCGCAGGCUGCCCAUCCUGAAGCUGAACCUUCCCAUCGGCGCCACCUUUGGUAACGAUACUGGAGUGCCACAGGAGGCCCAGACUCAGACCUCUAUCUCCUGGAAGCCCUACAGGCAUAGCAACGCCUACCUGGUGUCCUGUCAUCCUCUCACACACCCAAAUGAGAAAAUGUUCCAGGUCCGCCUGCCAGACACAGCCACCACUGCAACCCUGAUAGGACUCACCCCUGGAGCCAACUAUAAUGUGAUUGUGGAGGCUGUGUUGGGUGCGCUCAAACACAAGAUUGUGGAGCAGGUCAUCACAGCUGGAAACACAAUCCCAGGGGGAGUUCCCUCCAGCAAGGACUCAUGUUAUGAUGCCUUCACUGCAACCCACCAUGACGUCGGUGCUGAGUGGGAGCGGAUGUCUGAGACCGGCUUCAAGCUGUGGUGCAGGUGCCUCGGUCUGGGCAGCGGCCACUUCAGAUGUGACUCAUCAAAGUGGUGCCAUGACAACGGCAUUAACUAUCGCAUCGGAGAGAAGUGGGACCGCCGCGGAGACAACGGUCACCUGAUGAGCUGUACUUGUUUGGGAAAUGGAAAAGGAGAAUUCAAGUGUGAACCACAUGACUCAGUGUGUUACGAUGAUGGCAAAUCGUACCAGGUGGGAAACCAGUGGCAAAAGGAGUACCUGGGGGCCAUCUGCACCUGCACAUGCUUUGGAGGACAGCAGGGCUGGCGAUGUGAGAACUGCCGCAAACCAGGUGCUGAAGUCGAUGACAGUCUGCUUCGGCCUGUAAGAUAUGGAGACAAUUCACUACAUAAACUGAACAUUCAUUGCCCCAUUGAGUGCCUCCGUCCCGACCUGCUGGCAGACGCAAUCGCUCCUCCAAAUCCUCGGGAGUAAAGGAUCCGUCCCGUUUGUCUCCCUCACUUACCAAUCGCUGCACUCUCAUCCUGUAGAAGCCUUGCUGUCUGCAACCAAACUGAAUUAACUGCCCAAUGACUUGGACACAUAUUUAGCUGAAGAUUUAAAGGCAAAAAUAGCCAUGUAGCCUGAUCAAAGAUUUUUUUUUUCUAAAGCAAGUCUUUUCACUGUUUAAUGUCAAGUCUCUAAAUUCAUACUGUUGAUAAAUGCAGACUCCAGACCUCUUCAUUCAUUGAGCAACGUCCCUCCAACUUGUCUGCCUUCUCAACAUGAGAAUUAGACAUUUGUCAGAAUGGCAUUUCAUUUCCUUUUAGGUAUACACACACAUUUCUUAAUCAUGGGCAGAAACUGUCAAAAACAAGCACUGUGUGAAAGAAUGUCCAUGUGUAUAAAUUGUCCAUGAAAAUGUGCUUUUCUUUUCUUUUUUGUCUUUUCUGUAGCCCUCCUGAAGGGUCGCACUGCUUGUGAUUGACACGUUCGGAUUUCUUAUGUCUCUUUACUAAUUUAUCCCUGUAAUUGCAACGUGUGAAUGUGUGAACUGGGAAGUGAGAAUAUGAACUGUUCUAUUUUUGUACUUUGUUGUCUGUGCCAAAGUUGUUUCUACCUAUGACCAAAAAAAAAAAAAAGUCCCUUACUUUAAUAAAGCUGGAGAGAUCCUGAAACCUAACAA